GAGAAGAAAGUGGGAAGAGACAGUGACAGGGCAGGGAGCGAGGGCACGGCCGGCACCAUGGGAGCGGGCAUCAAGGGCCCGUGGGGCCACGGGGCUGCCAGGACACCGCCCGCCCCAGGACGGUGACAGGGAAGGGGCUGGCUGGGACCACCUGCUCGCCACCUCCCGUGUCCCUGUGUCCCUGUGUCACCUCUUCCCAGGAGCCUCGUGGCACAGCUCCGGCCUUCCCAGAGCCCUCGGCCCCACCAUGGGGUGUUGAUGACGGAGACGGGAAGCAGCAGGAGCUGGGGCAGCACGUGGGCUGGGGGCUUUGGAUGGGACCAGCGGCUCCCCGAAGGACGUGUCUGGGGACGGCACCGUCCUGCCCCCGGCUCUAAGGAUGCACAGGCUGCUCCUGUUCGGCUGCCUCUGGCUCCUGGCAGCACCCCCAGCGUCCAGCAUCUUCCAGCGGCCAACCGGGACCCCAGCCCCGCUGCGCCUGCAGUACCUGCUGGAGCCCCUCCACCCUACGGUGCACACGCGGCGCGGUGCCACGGCCACCCUGCCCUGCGUCCUGCGCGCCCUGCCCCGCAACUACCGCGUGAAGUGGAGCAAGGUGGAGCCGGCCAACUACCGGGAGAACAUCAUCAUCAUCACCAACGGGCUGUACCACAAGAACUACGGGCCGCUGAGCCCGCGGGUGCGCCUGCGGCACAGCCACCGCUUCGACGCCUCGCUCACCAUCACCGAUGUGGCGCUGGAGGACGAGGGGCGGUACCGCUGCCAGCUCGUCAAUGGGCUGGAGGAUGAGAGCGUCUCACUCACGCUGCACCUUGAGGGAGUCGUCUUCCCUUACCAGCCCAGCAACGGACGCUACAAAUUCAACUACCACGAAGCCAAGCGAGCCUGCGAGCAGCAGGACUCCCGCCUUGCCACCUACCAGCAGCUGUACAGAGCCUGGACAGAGGGUCUGGACUGGUGCAACGCCGGCUGGAUCCUUGACGGGACCGUCCACUACCCCAUCAUCAACUCGCGGGAGCCGUGUGGUGGCCGCCUCCUCCUGCCUGGUGUCCGGACCUAUGGCGCCAGGGACAAGCAGAAGGACCGAUUUGAUGCUUUCUGCUUUACCUCUGCUCUUCAAGGCCAGGUCUACUUCAUCCGGGGCCACCUGAACUUCAAAGAGGCCGGGCAGGCGUGUCGCAACCACGGGGCUGCCAUUGCCAAAGUGGGACAGCUCUACUCCGCCUGGAAGUUCUCACAGCUGGAUCGCUGUGACGGGGGGUGGCUGGCGGACGGCAGCGUCCGGUACCCCAUCACCAUCCCCCGCGAGCGCUGCGGGGGCCUGCCCGACCCCGGCGUCCGCAGCUUCGGCUUCCCCAGCAAGGAGAUGAGGACCUACGGCACCUACUGCUUCGUGGGGAAGUAAGAACACUGGGAGGAGAGGUGCGCUGUCAGCGGUGGGACACCAGCCCUCAUCACCCAGGCAGAGAGCUUGAGGCAGGGUAGGAGGGGGGGGUCUCCCAGCGAUUUGGGGUGGUUCAGGCACCCUCCGGUAAAGUGAUAGAGCUGGAUUUGGGUGCUUGGUGCAUCCCCUGAUGGAGCAGGUGCCCGUGUCCAAACCUGCUGUGAGGCUUGUGGGGUGUUUGGGACUUACUGGAGAAGGCAGAGCCACUGCUGGACCAGGAAGGGGGGUCUGAUCCAGCCCCCAGCAGACAGCACAGGCUGCCCAUUCCCCACCCCCGGUGAAUCCCUCGCCCCAUCCUUGCUCCCCACAGCCAUGAGGACUCUGGCUGGUUGCUCUGGCUGGUCGCUCUGGCUGGUUGCUCUGGCUGGUGCAAGUGCACAGGACUCGGGCUGGGCAUUAACGAGUGUGACUAAUGGUGUGGCGCCGUCUCAAUUAAUAAAGCAACAGCAAAACUCUA